CAAAAUGUUUCUCUCAAAACAUCAAACGUAGUCAAGUGGUACUUUUUGUAAAUAACAAUUUUCUAUUAUUUUACUUCUGAUAUCAUAUAUGGGCUCGGUGGCCCCUUUAUUUAUUUAACCACAGCCCAUACCAUGCUGUUUUAACUUUUCAGGUUCUAUUAUGCAAACAGUACAAUGGUCGAGGUGCUGAUAGAGUUCGAUUACGUCGCCCAAGAACCCGACGAGUUGACGGUCAAAAAGGGGGACAUCAUUAAGGAUUGCACCCCUAAGUGCGAUGGAUGGUAUCAAGGCACACUCAAUGGCAAAAAAGGGGUUUUCCCAGACAAUUUUGGCAAAGUCUUGCCUAAAGACGAUGUGGUGCUUAGGAACAAGAAAGAUUCCACAAGGAUAAGACAGUGUAGGGUGGUCUUUAGUUAUGACCAAGACCAUGAGGAUGAGCUGAACUUGAAAGUUGGAGAAGUCAUAGAUAUCAUUGGGGAGGAGGAAGAGGGAUGGUGGCGAGGACUCCUUAAUGGCAAAGAAGGAGUAUUUCCCUCCAAUUUUGUAGAGGAGAUUCUGCCUCCACCUGGUAGACCAAAGGCCACUGUUAGGGAGGAUUUGCUAAGGCUUAAUGAGCCUGUUCCUGCAUUACCUGCUAAACCUGUAAAACAACAAUGCGAAGUAAUCUUUUCCUACAAAGCUCAGAAUGAAGAUGAAUUAACCCUUAAAGAAGGUGACAUUGUUACAGUUUUAAGUAAAGACUGUGCAGAUGCUGGUUGGUGGAAGGGAGAGCUCAAUGGGAAAGUGGGAGUUUUCCCAGACAAUUUUGUCGCCAUGCUGUCUAGUGAUGAUAAAAAAAACUCCCUUAAGAUUGGCUCUAAGCCUCAUAAAGACACAAGUGCCAUGACAAAACCCAGCUCUACAGCACAAAGAAAAUCUAUUAACGAACCUAAAAGUAAAUUGCCAGAUUCUAAAGUUACACCCCCGCUGCCAGGUAAAAAACCUUCCAUUUCCUUAAUGAAAUCCCCCUCCAACCCUUCCGGCGGUCUGUUUUCCAAAUUAAAAGAUAAAAUAGUGGAUGCUGUGGAUGGAGCCACUGGCAGUAAGCCAAACAGUAAAGAGAAUAAUAAUAGUGAUAGCAGUAGUAACUUGAAUGAUCUAAACGCUUUUGAUGAGGUCUCCAGACGCCCUCUUUUGAGCGAUGUAAGGGCUAAUAGAGCCAGAGCACCAGGUCGCAGGCCUCCGAAAUCCGGCCCCACGAAAGACGACGACGAUCUGCCUCAGAUGGCAAACGGGAACGUCGAUUACCCCAAAUCUGAGUACAGUGUGAAGAGUGAGGAUAGCUUUAGAAGUGAGGGAAGCGCGAGUAGCGAGAACUUGGAUACUUCGUCGGAUUUGGAUGGGGAAUUGAAACCGAAGUUGAGGGAAUGGGAAAAGUCCAAGGUCCCCUGGCUUGAGGAGAUGAAGUUGAAUCAGGCGAAACGCACUAACUUAGUGUCGCCACCCUCGGAACCCCCCAAGUCCAAACCUCCCCAACAGCCGACGGAAUCUGAAAACUCCAAAUCGACCCAGAACUCCCCAGCUGAGAAAGAAGUGAACAUCGAUACCAUGUCUAAAUCGAUGUCGGACAUCAAGAUGGAAACGAAACCCAUCCCUAAACUUACCAAGGGCGACGAGAGGGCCCCACCUAUAAAAAGUAAGCCUGUUGUGACGUCUCUGUCUUCUGUGUCUAAUAGACAUUCCAUAGGCGCGAUGCUCCCAUCGAGAGAAUCCCCGUCACGCACCCCGCCACAACUGAAACCCUCCCCAAAACCGGUCAAGACAGUGGAACAGUACGAAAACGUGUCGGUGCACAAAUCGUUCAGUAGCAGCUACACCACCACAUCUGUGUCGUCUGAGAAAGUGUCCGCUGAGACCAAAUCGACUACCGAGUCCACCUCUACGGUAAAACUGAGCGACAUCUUAGAGAGACUCGUCAAGUUAGAAGGGAUCGUCUCGAGGCAAGAGAUCACGAUCGAAGAAUUGCGGAAUAAGUUACAGGUGGAGUCGGAGCUGAGGAUGAUGUUGCAAGAGAAGUUGGCGCAGAAUAACGUGCAGGUGUAAGUAAGGGAGGUUUUUUGUUUUGUUUUGAAAGAAGAUUGCAACUUAGGUUGUUUUUUUUUGGAUGUGAAUCUAAGCAUGAAAUUUUAUAGUUAACAGCUUAAUUUUGUCAAGGGUCCUUGGAAAAGUUGAGGUUUGUUCCUAUAUUUUACUGAAAAAGUUAUGAUACAGUCGAGUUCGGAUAUAGUGAACUUGAUAAAUGCUUUUGAGGUUUGUUAUGCCUUUGAAACGACAUAUGUAAUCCACCCAACGUGAGUGUGUGAGCGUUCUGCCUUUAUGAUAAUGGAAUUCAAUUAAAGCAUUUUCUACGUUUUUGAUUGGUAAUAAUGAGUUUGCAAUCAUUUCAGCUACAUUGUUUUUUGAUGUUAAUUAGGAUUGGUAUUUCGGUGGUUUAGCAAUUUUGUCGAAACCAACUAAUUUCACUUGAUUUUUUUAUCAACAUGGUAUAUUAUAGUAUAUAAUCAUCAUUAUCAUUGACUUUACUCGCAGGCAAGUAUAUUUGCCUUUUCCUAGUUCACCAGCGGUUAUGGGUUGAUUGAAUAGUCCUAAAAAAUCCGAUAUCACCAAAUACGGCCACAGAACUGGCAGACCCAGUUCUCCCAUUUAGCACAGUUGGCGUCUUAGUUUUAUGGAGAUUUGUUGCUUGGCACUAUUUCUUUUUUCUUUUUUUUAUUAGGCAGUAUAAUUUUUUUUGGCAGUCCUUUUUGCUUCCCGUCUACUUGAGCUGUCCAUCUUAAGUGAUAUUUGAUGAUUAUUACAGUAGAGUCGGUUUUUUUCAACAUACUGAUACUGUUCAUCGUUUGAUGAUAUAUCUCAAGGAUCGAUAUAUGUCUUCUGUAUGUUGUCCAGGUGGUUAUUGUCAACUCAGUUUUUGCAGUUGUUUAGCACAUAUUGAAUUUCAACAUCAAUAUUUGUAUGUGAUGAGAGGUGACUACUAAGAUAUGAGAAGUAUUCGAUGUUCUGUUAAGAUUCAAUUUAAAAGAGACGGAAAAAUGUGGAAUAUUAUUAGUGUUUGAAAUUUAAGACAAAGUUUACCAAUUUAAAAUAUUUUUAAUUGAAAGUCAAACAGAUGGAAGUUCUAUGUCGCAAUAUUCUAUAAUUAUACUUUAGAUUGUGUCACCAGCUUAUAAUAUAAUUUGUCCAAUAUAAUUGUAUUAGAUAAUAUAAGCUGAAAAUACAGGAUUUGUACAAUGAAGCUCAUAUUCACUUAAUGAGAUUCUAUGAGGUUGAUUCAUUUCUAUGAUGUUAAAACGAGAAAAUUGAAACAUUGAGAGUCUUCGCCUUGCAAUAAGUUUUAAAGUGAGCUGUUUUAGUUUUUAACUUGUUUAUAAAAAAUACUAGCAAAUGCCACUAAACUAUCGUGGUUUUUCCUCAAAAUUUACUAAACUGCAGAUUUACCCAGUUGAGGAAUAGUUGUUUUCAUAAAGGACCAAUGUAGAUCUAAAUUUAUUGAUUUCUUGGUUCAUAGUGAGUUAGGGGUAAAUUGUUUGCAACUAAAACGAAUAAAAUGUAUUAAAUCCAUAAAUUAAAUUAAUAACUUAACCAGUUUCUGGAAGUAAACCAUUAUAUCAGUAUCAUAUGUAAUAUGAGAAAUUGCAUUUUUAUCCUUCCUAGUAAAAAAUAUUGUGUAUUUUCUAUGAUAGGAUUGUUUUGAUUUUAAAGGCAUAGCUUUCGUUUUAUUCCGGAUUUUUAAAUAAAAAUUGAAUAUUUCAACCUUCGGGGCUUUAUUUACAGAUAUUUUAUCUCUUAAUGCUUAAAUAGGUAUUAAAUGCUAAGUCCUUUUUUUUAUUUUAUAUUGUAUGGCUAACAUAGAAACUCUUUAUAUGUAAAGUACGUAGUUUAAUCAGAUAUUUGAGUUGACACAUAUUCUUCUAAAUAAAAAUUGUUUGAUAUUGUAGCUUUUUUACCGUUAGUUGAAGGUUUACAGGGCAGCUCUUUAAAAGUGUUGAUUUACAAUGUUGCGAUUCUGUUUUGAACUUCCUGGACCCUGUUCUCCUCCAAUAAAAGAAUCUGCUUUUCCAGUGAAAAAUGGUUUUCCACAAUUUCUUCUUUUCUAACCUGGCAGAAUUCUCUCUUAGCUUUUUCUCAAGCUCACCUUUUAAAUUGGCGAGUGUACCACUUUCUUCCAGUUUUGCAAAAAUUUGUUUUAUAUGCUUUAGAGAAUAUAUUAAUUCGUGAUCCAUAUGUCGCAACUUUGAACUGAUAUUAGGAGGCAUAAAAACCAAUUUAAUAUGCUUUAGCGAACCUUCAGCAUGUACUACAUCAAUUAUCAACUGAGAGCACCAUUGUCCCUUUUUUUAGUAAACGAUUUGGACGUCAUCCCGAUUCUGCUGAUUUAAAAAAAAACACACAUCAGGCUUACCGCUAAUAAGCUUUCAGCAAGAAAUAUUGAUGUUAAAAAUAUGAUUACUGUAAUAAUUACCGUCAAGUUAUUGACGACAUUCAUCCCUCAGCAAUUCAAUUUCUUACCUCAAUUUUACUAUCUUGCAAUUUUUGGGUAACCCACCACUAUAUUAGGUCUCUGUCAACCUCUUUUGGUUUUGGCUAAUUUGCUUCAUUUUACCCAAAAGUUCGUUAAAAACUAAUUGAAACACUCACUAUAACUAGUAGAAAACUAGAGUGUUCACUUUGAAAGGGUUUGUUAUAUCCGAACCAUACUGUAAUUAAACCUAUAAUCAGUAUCUGUUUAGAAGUGCCUUUUACCGCUUUUCAAACUCCUAAAUUUGAAAUUUUUCCCGUACUUUCAACCGCAAAAAGUUGCAUCUUUAUAUUUUAUGAUCCUGUAAAUAAACCAGCAACAAAGUGCUGCUUUUUUUUUAAGAUUCAACCGUUGUACAUGUUCUACGUAAACAAUUCGCUUAAUUUAUCGUAACGAGAAUACCUGAUAGUACAUUAACUAAUUUUAGUUUUAUAGUUCGACAGGGUGUCCGCUUUUUAUACUACGCGUUUACAAUAUUUUUUAUAUCGUGUAUUAUUGCCAUAAAGCCUUUUUUAUGCCAUUUUUUUAAUAUUUAUGCUACCGAUUUUUUCGCCUAAGGACAGUUGUGUAGUAGGUUGUAAUUUAGUUACCCGUCGCAAGACUAUAAAAUUAAGACUAAUGUGAUUUUUUUUUUUAGUUUUUAUGUUUGUAUUCAGUACGUGUUUCGGUUUAAAAUAAAUUGUAUUCUAAUAAGCUUAACUUAAACGACCUAAAAGUAUUGUAUCGGUGAUAGGUGAACCAUUGUGCUUCAUAUUUUGGGAAAAUCAUUGGAAAAUAUGCCAAAAGUAUGUCAAUUAGGUUAAAAACUUAUCACUUUUGGUGUACUUUUGAAAUUAAACAUUCCAUUUUCUUUUUUGUACAUAAGAGAAUCGCCAAGUUUUUAAAAAAAGCUUUUGUAAGUACUUAGGAUAUACUAUAUUGUUGAUUUGAAGAAUAUAAUAUGACUGUAAAGAAUUAUUAAAUAAUAUAUUAUUUGAAGUAUA